GGAGCGGGAAGGUCUCGGACGCCAAUCAGCUGCGUUUGAUGUGCGCGAGGAGGCAGUGGACGUUUCAUCCGCGAGCUCACCGUAUACGCUGCUCCGUGUUCCUCUAACGGCUUUAACGGAAAAACACGCCUUGAAUGUUGUCUGAGAAAGACGGAGGAUUAACCGGAGACGGUCCUGUGUUUCAGAACAUUAUACGAAGCCGAGCCGUCCGUUAGUCACUGGCUGCACGAGCGAGGCUAGCGAGGCUAAUUCUCCUGCACUCUCUGAGGAUGUGACGGUUAGCCAAGCUAGCUGUUUUGAAGCGGAGCAGCCCGAUAAGGUUAGUUAGUUGUUAUCCGCUAUCGUCGUUAUAUCGAUACGUCGGCGUUUUUGUGGUUAUUCUGAAACAAGGCUGUACGAGAAUACCUAAGUGAAAGAAUAGCUUAGCCAUAAAUAACUGGCUGAGGCGAUAACGGUAACGUUAAUCCAACCGCGACGAUGCGGUUAUGCGUCCGGGGCAGCACGUAGGUCAGGUCACUCCACCGGAGUGUGGUCCCGGCAUCUUUUCUGUGUGAUUCGCUAGGAUGGGACACGCUGACUCUGUGAAGCUCCGUGCUGCUCUCCGUGUGCCGCGUUCAGCGCUCUGCGGGUCUCCGGUCGAAGCUACGGCGGCUGGUUGCGAAUUUCUGGCCUGAGCCAAGCGCUUCCUCCCCCCACCGUUCGGCCUUUCAGAUCAGCGGACUCUCCCCGGUCCGGCAGCGGCAGAGUUGGAGGAUAUACCAGGCGGACCUGGACCUCCAGAAUACCAACUAUGGACGAUUCCGGAAUCAUUCGGCGCAGGAGGCUGCAGAAGGAUCUUCCCCUGCCUCGUAAAAACAGCAGUUGCCGCACCAGUAACAGAAAGAGUUUGAUUCUCACUUCAACAUCGCCUACUUUGCCCCGCCCACACUCUCCUCUACCUGGACACAUUGGAAGUAGCCCUCUGGACAGCCCUCGCAACUUCUCUCCCAGCACUCCUGCUCACUUCUCUUUUGCUUCCUCUAGACGGGAUGGGCGUCGUUGGUCUCUGGCCUCUCUUCCUUCCUCUGGGUAUGGCACGAACACACCCAGCUCAACGUCUUCCAGUUCCUCUCAGGAGCGUCUACACCAGCUGCCCUUCCAGCCCACCAUGGAUGAGCUGCACUUUCUGUCCAAACACUUUGGCAGCACAGAGAGCAUCACGGACGAUGACGGGGGGCGGUGCUCUCCACACAUACGCCCUCGCUCACGCAGCCUCAGCCCGGGUCGUUCCCCAUCCUGCUAUGACAACGAGAUAGUAAUGAUGAACCAUGUGUACAAAGAGCGCUUCCCAAAGGCCACAGCUCAGAUGGAGGGGCGGUUGGCAGACUUUAUUCAGUCUUACUCUCCGGACGCUGUGCUGCCGCUGGCUGAUGGGGUCCUGAGCUUCAUCCAUCACCAAAUGAUAGAACUGUCUCGGGACUGCCUGACCAAAUCACAAGAAGGCCUCAUUACCACUGUGUACUUCUACGAGCUACAGGAGAAUCUGGAGAAACUAUUGCAUGAUGCACAUGAGCGGUCGGAGAGUUCAGAACUGACUUUCGUCAUAGAGCUGGUGAAAAAGCUCCUCAUCAUAAUCUCUCGCCCUGCACGUCUCCUAGAGUGUCUGGAGUUUAACCCAGAGGAGUUCUACCACUUGCUGGAGGCAGCAGAGGAUCAUGCCAAAGAGGGGCACUUAAUGAAAACGGACAUCCCACGCUACAUCAUCAGCCAGCUAGGCCUGACCAAAGACCCUCUGGAGGAAAUGGUCAACCUGGACAGCUAUGACAGUGAGGGUCCCCUGACACCUGAGACUGAUGACUCUGCAGAGGGAAAGAUGAGAGUCAUGAAGCCGCCUGGUGAAGCUGACUUUCAGACCAUCAAACUGAUAAGCAACGGUGCAUACGGAGCUGUAUACUUGGUACGCCACCUAGAGACACGGCAGCGUUUUGCUAUGAAGAAGAUCAACAAGCAGAACCUGAUACUGAGGAACCAGAUACAGCAGGCCUUUGUGGAGAGAGACAUCCUCACCUUUGCCGAAAACCCUUUUGUGGUCAGCAUGUUCUGCUCCUUCGAGACUCGCAGACACCUCUGCAUGGUCAUGGAGUAUGUGGAGGGAGGAGACUGUGCCACACUGCUGAAGAACAUUGGAGCAUUACCUGUGGAGAUGGCUCGCAUGUACUUUGCUGAAACUGUUCUUGCUCUUGAAUACAUACACAAUUACGGAGUGGUGCACCGUGACCUCAAACCUGACAAUCUGUUGAUAACAUCUAUGGGCCACAUUAAGCUGACUGAUUUUGGCUUGUCUAAGAUGGGUCUAAUGAGUCUUACUACAAACCUGUACGAAGGCCACAUUGAGAAGGACACCAGAGAGUUCCUUGACAAACAGGUGUGUGGCACCCCUGAAUAUAUUGCCCCAGAGGUGAUUUUGCGGCAGGGUUAUGGAAAGCCUGUGGACUGGUGGGCUAUGGGCAUCAUCCUUUAUGAAUUCUUGGUGGGCUGUGUACCUUUCUUCGGGGACACACCCGAGGAGCUGUUCGGACAGGUCAUCUCUGAUGAUAUUGUGUGGCCUGAGGGUGAUGAAGCGCUCCCUGCAGAUGCCCAGCACCUCAUCUCUGCUUUACUCCAGACCAACCCACUGAUCAGACUGGGCACAGGAGGUGCAUUUGAAGUGAAACAACACCCCUUCUUUUCUGAACUGGACUGGAAUAGUUUGCUGAGGCAGAAAGCUGAGUUCAUACCUCACUUGGAGUCAGAAGAGGACACAAGCUACUUUGAUACACGUUCAGAACGGUACCAUCAUGUUCACUCUUUUGAUGAAGAUGACACUAAUGAUGAUGAGCCUGUAGAGAUUCAUCGCUUUUCCUCCUGCUCCCCUCGCUUCAGCAAGGUGUAUAGCAGUAUGGAACACCUGUCCCAGCUGGAGCAUAAACCUGUGGUGACCCGAAGAGAGCCUAAAGGUCAUCGGGAUGACCGGGGGAAAAGAGAGAGCCUGGGCAGCUUCACAAUGAGAGACAAAACAUGGAGGACAGGUUCACCUGAGAUGAAGCGUCUUUCAUGCUCUGAGUCCUCUUUCACUGAGUCUGACUCCAGUCCUCCGUCUGGUGCUCGUCGCCGUUUUUCUGCUCUAAUGGACACUCAUCGCUUUGCUUCUCCACUAGAGGGUGAAGCAGAGACACCAACACGACAACCGCCAGUAAAAGUCAGGGGAACAUCCUUAGAGGGUGCUACUAUGCCGGCCAGCUCAGGCCCAGCAGAGUCCUCUACUAUUGGACCGGGGAUGCCAGGAACACCAGGAGGAGACAAACUGCUGAAGCCUGCUGAUGCUGCCAUGGCAUCAACACCACUACAUGUUCCGGACCUCUUUGGGCCGAGAGCUACAAGUGACCUGGUGCUCAGGCGAGCGCGACAUCACCAGCUCUCUGCUGAUGGAGAGAAACGCACUCAAAAUCGGACUGGCACCAAGGUCAUAAAGUCUGCCUCCGCCACUGCCUUAUCUGUCAUCAUACCUACAGUAGAGCAGCAUGGGACAUCUCCAUUGGCCAGCCCGAUGUCUCCUCGCUCCGUUUCCUCCAACCCGUCCUCACGAGAUUCGUCCCCCAGCCGAGACUACUCUCCCUCUGUCAGCGUGCUACGAUCACCAAUUACCAUCCAACGCUCUGGCAAGAAGUAUGGCUUCACUCUUCGUGCCAUCCGAGUCUACAUGGGAGACAGCAACGUCUACAGCGUCCAUCACAUGGUCUGGCAUGUGGAGUGUGGUGGACCUGCCCAGGAGGCAGGUCUCUGUGCUGGGGACCUUAUCACCCAUGUGAAUGGAGAGUCAGUCCAUGGAUUGGUUCAUACAGAGGUGGUGGAACUCAUUUUGAAGAGUGGUAAUAAGGUAACAGUGACCACGACUCCAUUUGAGAACACCUCCAUUAAAAUUGGGCCAGCACGCAAGGCCAGCUACAAGGCCAAGAUGGCCCGCCGCAACAAGAGAUCCAUAACCAAAGAGGGGCAGGAGAGUAAGAAACGAAGCUCUCUUUUCCGUAAGAUCACUAAACAGUCAAACCUCCUGCACACCAGCCGCAGUCUGUCUUCUCUGAACCGCUCUCUGUCAUCUGGGGACAGUCUCCCUGGCUCCCCAACCCACGGUCUGUCAGCCCGCUCCCCCACACAGACCUACCGUUCUCCACCAGAGUCUGCCUACCUCGGCACAUCUUCCCAGAGUAGCUCUCCUGCGUCUUCCACACCAAACUCCCCUGCUGCAUCACAGCACAUGCGACCAAGCUCUCUGCACGGCCUCUCCCCUAAACUGCACCGUCAGUACCGUUCAUCACGCUGCAAAUCAGCUGGGAACAUCCCUCUGUCUCCUCUGGCCCACACGCCUUCCCCGACCACGUCCUCACCACCCCCCAUCACCGGCCAUUCAGUCGGCAGUUCCAACACCACGCAGACUUUUCCUGCCAAACUUCACUCCUCUCCGCCAAUCACACGCCCUCGGCCCAAAAGUGCAGAACCACCUCGCUCACCUCUUCUCCAGCGGGUGCAGUCAGCUGAGAAGCUGGGCCCACCCCCUCCACCCUCAUUUCCAUCAGCAUCAUCACUGUCAGGGUCUUUUGCAUCAUCUGUCACAUGUCCAGAGAAGAAGGGAAGUCUCUCUGUGGUCAUGAGGAAGCACAGCCUGGAUGUGGCGCAUGCCGAAUACCGCCGGGAAUCCUUCCACUGUGAACAUGCCUUGCAGAGCCUCUUGGAAAUUGAAGGAGAAAACUCCCCUGUGCCGCCCACUCCUGCUGCCGAGUCGCCCACACACAAGCUCUCGGAUGCAUGCCGCGACGAUACACUCCAAAUGGCAAGCCAGGUAGGAUGGCAGGGAUCUCCUUUAAGUCGUGACUUGUUGCUGACUGAAAAAGACAAACGGUCUGAGGCGGUAGAGUCAAAGGCAACCAGUAAACUGGAGUCAACCAAAGCACCUGUUAGCAUCAAUGGCAGUGCAGCCCAGAUCUCUGAGCCUGCAAAGCAAGACAAAACACAGUCGAAGUCCCAGGCAACACAGGCCUCCAUUCCAGCAGCCUCAGCAAAAGCAGCAGAUAAAGAACUGGCAACUUCUGGAGGUAAAACUCCAUUAUUGAAACCAGAGACUGUUAGCGUGGGCUGUGAUCCAAAAACGCCUGAGCGGAUCCCCAUUGGCCAGAGUGCGGGAGUGCAGGAGCUAAAACACCAGGCCAUUCAGACAGUGACUGGAAAAAAGCAAGAAAAAGGUAAAGUAGGGUGGGAGAGAGACGCCACAGCCAGGACAGGAGCUGUUGAGGUGGGGAAGUCUGGGAAGAGCACUCAGACUGUGGAAGCUAAUAUGAAGGUCUUGAGUGGAGCUGGUGAAAAGGGAGGUCCAGACAUCAAAGCUAAAGCUCCAUUAACAGAGGCAGGUCCAGCCCAAACCAAGUCAAAGGAGGCGAAGACUCCGGCCUCAUCCAGCUCUGGCCGAGCCCCCCGGGAUGAGAGGUCUCUCCUGGAGGUUUUGGAGGAGAAUCCCGCUUCCCCUUCCCCUACAGCCCCAUCUCCUAGUGCAAGCAAAUCGCGUGCCAUCUCCCCUGGCGAUAGGUCAAGCUUUGUCACGCAGCUCACCAGCGUGGCCAAAACAGUGCUUGGGCCCAUGAAGCUAGGAUCUCAAGAUGGGGGCAAAGGAAAGGACUCGGCCACCAAAGUGAGUGACGAUAAGCGGGCAGGGACACUAGGAAAGUCUGAGGCUUCAUCUGGUGGCCGGCGUGCACCCACAGGGACGUGGCCUGGACCUGGAUCCUCCAAAUCCGAAAAGGCCUCGAGAAGCUCUUCCAAGCAUUCCUGAACUUCCUGUUUGGAAUUCUUGAACUUAAAUUGUCAUGCAGCAUGUAUGACAUUAACAGCCACCAAAUCAACAAGAUACAUUUGUCCAACAAUGAAAAUGUCAAAGAAAAAGGUGCUUCAAAACUCUUGUCAAAUUUGUGUGUAUGUAUAGAUGGUGUUUUAUGUAGGUGUGACACCAUAUUUGUAUAUAGGAUAAAGAAGCCGUAUGUCUAUGUAGAUGCAUGUUAGAAAUUGUGAAUAAAAGAAAAAAAAAACAAAGAAUAUGAAAUGAAAAACUAAGCAAAGACCUAAUGCUCGUGAACAUUGUGCACAUCCAACCAUUUCCACAGUCUAUAUAGCAAAUAGCAAGUCACUCGUCACUAUCAUAUCAAUAUUCUUGACUGUGUUGGAAGAAAGACCUGGUCAAACAUUUUAAUCAUUCAUGUUUCAGCCAGUGUAGAGGGGAAGUGUUUCAUGGUGUUAGGACGGUUUGGAGUUUAGCCUUGACCCUUUAACACUUUCAAAGGUUGACUUUGAGCUAAGGUGGAGAAAAAAUGUAUCCAACUUAAUCUCUGCCAUCAGGAUAUGUUGAAGCUUAUCAGCAAUUUCUAAAAUAAGUCAUGAAUCAAUCAAUUCUUUGACUGAACUGCUGAUGACUGGGAAAGGAAUCGCGUGUGUGUGUGUGUGUGCGCGCUCAUGUGUGUGUGUUGAAGGGGAAAUUCCACCAAUUUUUCAUUAUUUCUGUAUAAUUCAGUCAUUCUGAGUGGUUUGAUGUAAAAUCGUUCAUUAAAAACACUUCUUUAAAGUGGUGAUGAAGAAACCGGGUAGCAAAUGUAGCCAUUUUAUUUACUGUCCAAAAUGGCCAGUGAACCUACAGUUUUUAUGUGUAAAAUUGAUAAUAGAAAACUCUAUGCUAUUCUUUAGGUACGAUUUUGCCAGACAAUGCCUUGCAUGCACUUCUCUGCCAUCAGUGGAUUUUCAAAAAUACAUUUUAGGACAAAAGCUGAUCUCAAAACUUGUAAAUGUCUCAAGCAUCAGGCACUGUAUUCAUAACCCUUAUGUCUAACACUUUGCUGUUCUGUGAAGUAGCUUUUGGAGGCAUUAAACUCUUCAGACGUCUGGUUCCUGUCUCGACCACUAUGAAAAAUUCUGACUUGCUGAGUUUCUCCAUAGAGCUGUACUUCACAUGAAACCACUCUGAAUAACUUAAUAAUUUAAUUGUGUUUUUUUUUUUUUUUGUUUUUUAAAUCAGUGAAAUUCCUCUUUUAAGGGCUUGGGCUUGACUGAGCUCAGAGUGGUAAACUGACUUGCACAAGAGCAGUACUGUGGAGAAGACUGCACACUGACUACUGUCAUAUCUGAAUUUGCACUGGAGGCACAGAGCAAAAGGGAAAGAAGCUCAGAAAGAAAGCAGUCCUCUGAUACACAAUGGCCUAACAGAAGACCUGUAAGCUAAACAAAGAAUUGAUUGAUAAAGCUGCAUUAGGAUAGGGUGAGAGUGUCUUACAAAAAAUAAAUAGAAACAACAAAGCCUCAAGGAUAGAAAGCAUGUGUGUGUGUGAGAAUGAAAAAAGCUUUUUAAAUUAGUGCACAUAAUAGAUUUAAAAAGAAGGCCUUGGAUGUGCUGUAUAUCGUGGAGAGGAAAAUAAUGCAUUGUCAGUGAUGCAUCGCUGUUGAAUGCACUGUUAAUAGGAGUUGUUGAAAGUUAAUACUUCUACAUAUGCAAAGUGUGAUGUCUCAUGGUAAGAGGUGAUGUGUUGAAUUUGAUGUAGAUGUGAUUAAUACCAUUUUGAGUCCUUUUGAAGCCGUUACAACGUCCACAUUUUGUACAAGUAUACCAUAUUUGUGUGUUGAUGUAACCAACAGUUAGCAAGUGUUUUUUUCCUUCAUUUUUACAUUGCCUCUGUUUACAAACUAAUGUUGAGGAUCGACCAAAUCUGAGUUCACAUUUAGAACAUUGUCAUAUCUUCUAGCGCAGAGUCAUGGACCUGCAGUAGCCCUACACUGCACAUUUUAGCAUUUGUACUGCUUUAGUACAGCUGAUUCAACUCAUCAGAACUGUUCACUCUUCACUUCAGAAUCAUCUGUGUGCUAAGGUGUCCAGAAACGCUAGAGGAGUGAGAGAGAAUUCAUCUGAGUGUGUAAAAUGUCCCCCGUAUUGCAUACUAGAAUCGUUUACUGCCAGCGUUGGAAUGUUACUGUUUGUGGAAGUUUUUGCUUUGGUAGCGUGUGGUAUAGAAACCUUUGUGAACAUGAUCUUCACACGAGUCUGUGUCCCAUUCUUGUCUGUGGUAGUGUGUUUGAUGAGCUCAUGUCGUAGAAUAGAGACUCUUAUCUGUGAACUGUCCUUUGGAGCAGAUCCACUCCUACUUGGGUGUCACUAUUGCCGUCUCUGUGUCUAGAUUCCGUAGGCAUAGAUUCCUUUGCCUGAGGCAGUUUCUCUCUAAUAUUAAAGAAUUAAAGUCACUGUAAAGAAUGCACUUUAUCAAUUGAGUAGGGGCCCAAGCACAAAAGGUGCCAGACAGCUACUGUACAUGUUAGGAGUUGCUUUUCUCUGCAUCUCCAUGGAUCUCAACCACACUAACUGUGAUGAGUUGAGCAAUGUUCUUCUUUUCUAAUUUAUAUCCUUAAAAUAUUGAAUCAAUUCUACCAAUUUUCUUUCCAUGCUUAUUUUUGUUCAAAUCCAUUUCCUUGAUCCACUAGUAUGUAUGAAAAACUGAUCAGAAAUUGUCACAUUUUAGUAGCCAUAACAAAUGCUUCAUAAAUUGUGCAUCCUUAUUGAAAUGAUCUACAGGAACAGUGCCACCUGUUGGCUGAAGUGCUUGGACCCCAGUAAUUGCUGCUUGCAGCUGUUAGUUAUUUGUUUACUCCUUGCUGUAUUUUUUUUUUAAGUUUACUGGAAUGUUUUUGUAGCUGUCUGUGCUGUUGUGAAAAGCAUGUUCAUCUUCAGGUCUCAAAGACGGAUCCAUGGCGUUCUUCAAAAUAUUUGUUCUUUAAAUUUUAGCAGCAAAUGUCUUUUUUUUUACUCUGACCUCUUUGUUGUUUGUUUAUAUGAUUUUUUUCCUCCUCAGGCAAUGUUGUGAACCAAUGCAAGAAGGCUAAAGUGCAGUAAUAAAAGUAAUAAAAAAAAGUUUAAAGGAUUAGAA